AUGUACCAGGCAGCUGUCUCCAAGCGAGCAGACAACACCAUCCCCUGCGGGGUCAUGGAGGAGUCGGAGGUCUGUUCCCUGCCUGGGGGACUUGCCAGUGUGAGGAAGCAAUUUGAGACCCAGGAAACUGCAACUUCACACAAUGUAACCCAGUUCCACUUUCAUCACAGAACCGUGCAGGAAAUGUCAAACUCUGAGGUGACGGUGUCAGGCGGCAGCAGGCAGGUCCUCCCAGGCAGUCAGCAUCUCAAUGUCAACCAAGAAACCAUGAUGUCAUACAGUAACAACAACCUGGAAUCCAGCUUUGAAAACCAUCAGAUUGAAACAGAAGAGGAUUUUCCAAGGUACACCACCAAAGAACUGAGGGAUCACUUUGAAAGAACGAUAGAGGAAGCUACUCAACACAAACAUAUGAAGAUUGAGCGUGACAUCAAUCGAUCUAAGUGGUCCACAAAUGUGACACAAAACAACACAGUGACUAGUGAGGUGCAUGAAGCAUCUGCUACUGAGGCAACAGACAAUACAUCGGCUGCAGUGAUGGAUUAUGAGGACUUUCCGCCCCCGCCAGCUGAGGAUUCUGACUAUCUUCCACCCCCGCCUCCAGACUUACUACAAAUGCCAUCAGACAGUCAAACUAUGCCAGCCUGCAAUUACUCACCUGAGCCUCCAGAACUAGCAAACUCCUCCAAAUAUCCGCCAAACAAAGAGGCUUACUUCAAGCAGAGGAGUAUGUAUGAGCUUAAACGCCUUUACAAGCACAUUCAUCCUGAGGUUCGAAAGAAUAUUGAGAAGGAGUACUACUGUGAUUACAACGAGACCGAGAACAACCACGUAGAGGGCCAAGAGUAUAUGUAUGAGGAUGAAGGUGGUAGUCCUGAUGAUGAUGAAGAAUAUGGGGAGUGGGAAGAGAUUCUACCUGGGGAUGUGCAGUCAAUGCGUUGGAUGUUUGAGAAUAAGCCACUGGACACCAUCAAAGAUGAGGUUCUGGAUGAGGAUGAUGAAGAAAACAAAAUAAGUCAACAGGAGAUGAUUCUUGGAAAAGAUGUGAGGCGCACAGCUUGGAUGUUUGAGACAAAGCCAAUGGAUGAGCUGACUUCACAUAAUAUCAACUCGACUGAAUACAAAAACAAAUGCAAUAAAUUUGAUAAGGGAGAUGUUCGUGCUGCAGCGUGGUUGUUUGAAACCCAGAGGAUGGACACUCUGAAUAAAAUGCAUAAGAGCGAGGACUUGACCAAAGAGGUUGUGUUCACAGAGGAGGAUGGAAAUGCUACCAUUUACAUGAUUGACAAUAAGUACAUGGAAAGCCUGGGACACACGGAGACCAUUGAUGAGAGCAAGCUGCUGAGUCUGAGGUCAGUGUUAGAGGAAAUUCAUGAAGAAGUGAAAACUGUUACAAGCACUUUUGACACUCAGUUUAAAUGCAUCAUUAUGGGACAAUCAAGCCAGAUGCUGGAGAUUAAGUCUGUGCGUAAAAUUGAAACAGAAUUGGAGAGCUCCAUCGCUUCACGUUGGCUUUUUGAUACCCAACCCCUGGACAUGACUGACAAAGAAUCUUCAUCUUUGAAACUUGUGUGUAGCCUUUCCAUGGAAGAUAGCAAUAAAGGAGACUGGGGCAGGUGGUUGUUUGAGAUAAAAACACUGAGUUCUGUCAAUGAAUGGGAAAGCUCAAAUAUAGAGAACAAAGAGAUCACCGGAGCUGAUGUGCGCAAACACUGCUUAACAUUUGAAACCCAGCCAAUGGAUUCUUUGAAGGAUGACUCCAAUGCCAAAUCUCAGUCUCUUGAAGAAAUUAUCGGGGGCAAUGUUAGAUCUGCCAGGAAUUUUUUUGAAAGCAGCCCCCAAACUGUGAGAAAGACUGGGCCUGAGGUUGGAAAACUUCAAAAGGCUACAGUGUAUGAGGAAAUGAAAGGGGACGUGAGACACCAAAAGUGGCGCUUUGAGAGCCAACCUCUAGAGCAUAUAAGAGAGGAGAGGAAAGAGGUAACUCGCACAGUGAAUAUUGAAGACGACCUCACACAGGAGGAUGGCACAAGCUGCAGGGCAGAUGUUCGUAAGAACUGCUGGGUAUUUGAAACCCAGCCAAUGGAUACUUUAAAAGAUGAUUCAAAUGCAAAGCCCCUUACAAAAGAGGACAUUAUUUCAGGUAAUGUAAGAUCAGCCAGACAUUAUUUCGAAACAGCUCCAUCCCAGGAAUUGAAGGAUCUUGCAGAGGUGGGCAAACUGAAAAAAGCAGUAGCGCUUAAUGAGGAAAGGGGCGAUGUUAGACAUCAGAAAUGGAGAUUUGAAAGCCAACCCUUGGAGCAGAUUAGAGAGGAAAGGAAAGAAGUCAUUCGGACGAUUGACCUGGAAGAAAUUGAUAAAGUGGAUGUCUCCAACUACAAGCACAUCUUUGAAAGCACAGAUUACAACUGGAUGGAUGAAUCUCAAAAGAUCUUAAUCGAGGGUGUAACAUCAGGUUCUGUGAGAUCAAAUACCAACCUAUUUGAGUCGACUCCUAUGUACGCCAUGCAAGACAGCUCAGGGCACUUCCAUGAGGUGAAAACAGUGCGCCGUGAAGAGAUUGUGAAAGGAGAUGUAACAACGUGCAAGUGGAUGUUUGAAACACGACCAAUUGACCAGUUUGAUGAAACCAUUGCAAAAUUCCAGAUUAUCAAAGGAAUUUCCAAACAAGAAAUUGAGUCUGGUGAUGUAAAAACUGCAAAGUGGUUGUUUGAAACCCAGCCCCUUGAUGCUAUCAAGUACUUCAGCAAUAUUGAAGACGAAGAAGUCACUGGGACAAGUUCAAAUCAUGACAUAAUGAAGGGGGAUGUGAAAACCUGCAAGUGGCUAUUUGAGACAAAACCAAUGGACAUCUUGUACGAAAGAGUUGAGACGAAGGGUGAAAACGAAUCGGAAGAAGUGCAAAAGGGAGACGUGAAAACCUGCACUUGGCUUUUUGAAACACAAGCCCUGGAUACCAUCCACGAUGAGACAGAGACCAUUCUGAAAGCAAGUACGGUGAAUCAAGAAGACAUCAGAGGAAAAGAUGUGCGAACUGCUUGUUUCUUCUUUGAGACGGAGAAACUGGAGAACCUCACCGGGGAGGAGCAAGAUUCUUUUAAGCGUGUCACUGAGAUAGACAUCGCAUCAGGAGAUGUGUCAAGGAUGAAGUACAUUUUUGAGAAUCAAACAUCCGAUAUCAUGACUUCUACAUCUGAAGAAGCUAGGCGAACACUCAAGAGGGUCCAGACUGAGGACAUACAAAAAGGAAACGUAGUGAACCACAAAUGGCUCUUUGAAAACCAAUCCAUAGAUACCAUACAUGAUAGCCAAGAAGAAUCCAUCAGCGGCCGCACAAUAAAUGAUGUGCAAGGAGGAGAUGUUGAUAAAAGCCGUUUUAUUUUUGAAAGCUUCUCCUUGGAUAAGAUUCAUGAAGGGUCCACUGAGACAAACGCAGAGCUGAAUAAAAGCCAAAAAAUCAUCAGAGAUGAAGACGAGAAGGGGGAUGUGAGAAAUUACACUAUGAUGUUUGAAAAUCAGCCCCUUUAUGCCAUUCAGGACAAAGAGGGCCUUUAUCACGAGGUCACCACCGUCUCCAGUGAAGAGGUUACCAGAGGCGAUGUCGUUGGAACCCGCUGGCUGUUUGAAACAAAGCCCCUCGACGCUAUUAAGGACACAGAUGAGGUCUAUAUAAUUAAAUCUGUCACACAACAGGAUGUUCAGAGGGGAGAUGUCACCUCUGCCAAGUGGAGAUUUGAGACACAGCCUCUCGAUAGGAUUGCUGAGGAAAAGAAGGCUUUGAUAAGAACUGUGGAAGACAUCCAGGGAGGCAAUGUCAGGAUGAACAAAGAUCGUUUUGAGUCUGACGCUCUGUCUCAAGAAUCUGUUAGGACUGUUAAUGUGAGUGAAAUACAAAAAGGCGAUGUCAGGUCUGCGAAAUGGAGAUUUGAAACACAGUCAAUAGACAAGAUAAGAAGCAUGAGCUCUGAAAAUCUCAUUGAAACUGUUAAAAAAGAGGAGGUUGCGAAGGGAGAUGUCAAGCAGUCCGUGUGGCUCUUUGAGAAAAACCCUCUUGACCAUAUUAAAGAGGUAGAUGAGCACGAAGAUCAUCAAACCAUUACUCAAGAGGAGAUCUCUCAAGGAGAUGUAAAGACAACCACUUGGCUCUUUGAAACAACUCCAUUUGACAACUUUAAUGAGAACAAAAUGGAGAAGACUGAAAUCCUGGGGAAGAGCAUCAAGGGAACACUUGAGGAACUUUACAGUCAGGAAAUGGUGAAAUCCAAGGGAAUUCUCAUUGAAGCUGAUGAAAUUGGUGACAUAAGGAUGGCCAAGUAUCAGCUAAUGAAUAAGCAGUCACCGGAGAUUCAGCGGGAGGAAGUCAUCAGGGGGGAUCUGCAGACUAUUAUGAUGAACCUACUGACCAGACAGGAGAGUAGCGAGCGGCAGGUCAUUGUAGAUUCAGAAGAGAAGGGGAACAUCAGUUCAACAGUGCAGCAACUGUUCAACCAAGAGAGAGACAGUGUUGAGAGGGAGGAAGUAAUCCGGGGCGACAUUCGGGAAGCUAUAAACAACCUUUUCAAUGAGGGCGGGUUGGCUAAACAUGGAAUACUCAUCCAGGAAGACGAGAAAGGAGAUGUGCGGAUGACAAUAUACUCCCUCCUGAAUCAACAGGAGAAUGUUAGUGUUGAGAAAGAGGACAUUAUAAGAGGGGAUAUAAAGAGUGCUCUUCAAAACUUGGCCUCUGCAGACACAGCAGAUCAGGCGGUGAAGAUAAAGGUAGACGACACAGAAAAAGGAAAUGUCAACUUUUAUUCGACAUGCAUUGAAUCUGGGGCUCUUGAUUAUCUCAAACAGCUUCAUUUAGGACCUGAUGAGGCUCAAUCUGACUCAGCAGAAAGAGAGAAGAUACUUGGGGGCAACAUCAAGGACACAAAACUGACCCUCAGCAGCAAUCGUACGCAAAUUGAGCGUACAGUUGAGGAUGUUAUACCCGGGGAUGUCCACAACACGGUGAAGGUUUUCAUGUCUGAGCCGACCAUUUCAUUGGAGAAACUCCAAAAGGAAGAGAUAGUUAAAGGUGAUUUAAGAGCCGCUUUGAACUCUUUGUCUGUCUCAGCAAAUCAGACAGUCAUUGUAGAGAAGGAAGAGGUGGUGAAAGGUAACAUACCCAAAGCACUGCGGUGCCUGGAGAGGGCUCAAAAGCGGUACAAGGAGGUAGAGAAGCCAGAUAUCAUACCAGGAAAUAUCAGGGGCGCUUUGAGAUCUCUUGAGAAAUCAGCAACAUCCAGAGCUGAAGCUGUUGUCGAGGAUUUAGUUUCAGGAGAUGUGAAGGCCACUCUAAAAUCACUCGAGCUGGCUAAGCAAGCAGUGAAGGAAGUUGAGAAGGAAGAAAUCGUGAGGGGUGAUAUUCGUAUAGCAAUGCAAAGUCUACAUGAUGCCUCCAGUGAGAGGAAAAUGAGUCAACAGGGGGCAGAUGUCCAAGGGGACGUUAGAGGAACGAUUCAGCUCUUGAUGGAAUCUCCUCCUUCACCGAGGAUGGAAAGGAGCCCGAGCCUUGAGGGGGAUGUAAAGGGCAGUGUAAAGAUGUCCAUUAAGUCGCUGUAUGAGACACAGGAACAAACCCAGCUUGAAAGGGAAGAGGUGAUUAGGGGUGAUGUCAAAGGCACUAUUAAAUCAUUGUUGGAAACAGCACAGCGUGAAACUCCUAAAGUCAGACUCGGAGCAUACAGAAGAGUCAAAGUCAAGCAGGGCCCUCCAGUCAAAAGCCUGAAUACUGAUGCACAGCGCAACAUACAAAAGAUAAAAACAGCUAAGUUGGUGGAGACAUCGCAAGAAAAUCACUCUGAAACUGAAGUAGUUCAAACUAAGGCAAGUUCAGUUCAGCAGUGUGUUCAAAAAUCAACAACCGUGGUGGAGCAUAAAACAAUUACCCAAAACCACGGCAUCAAAACAUUAAAGACAGAGUUUCGUAAUCUCAAAUCCAAUCCAAAAGGAAUGAUCAAAGUAGAUAAAACCAAAGUGCAAACCAAUGUCUUAAUGCUAAAUCAAAAGACACCAGAGCCUGAUCUGCCUCCCCCACCUCCACCUGUGGUGGACACUGACCUUCCCCCUCCUCCUCCUCCUACUCCUCCCACCUCUGUUGACUCUGACAUUGAUCACCUUCCUCCUCCGCCACCUCCGCUCGCCAGUGAACAGGACUUCCUCCCUCCUCCACCAUCUCAACAGGAGCUGGAAAACAUUCCAGCACAUGCAGUUCAUGCCUCACCAGCCAAAGCCAAAAAGAUGACCGUUAAAAAAGUGAAAGCUCCCGUCGUUCACCAAAUCCCCAAACUUGAGCCUAAAGUAGAAUUAAAUCAAAUGAAACAGGUGGAGGUCAAAUCAGAGACAGUGGUAGAAAUGAGCCAAAACCAAUCCAAAACAACAAAAACAUCAAAAACCGUCUCACGUGAUAUCCCUCCCCCACCUGCAUCACCACAACCCCUGAAGAAGGUCUACAUCUCUCCUGUGAGAUUCACCCCUCCACCCUCUCCUCCACCUUUCAUGCGAAGCCAAAUGAGUAAAUUUAACACCCCAUUAAUAAAAGCAGAAGAAAAAUUCCGGAAGCUGAGGGAGGAAAACACUCCCCCAACCACUCCAUCACCCACUUUCAUCCAUGACUCAGUUACAGCUGCUCUUGAAAUGCUUUCCAACAAAGAUGCAGAGCAGUUCAAUAACAACACAUCGCUAAUCAAACAGCAGAGAGCUGAAAAUAUGCCGUUGAGUGUUCAUUUGGAUUCCAGAUUAAGUGGUGUGUCCAAGGAUAGUGUGGUCUCAAAUACCAUCCAGAGCAAUAUCAGUGCCAGUCAUGGGAAAAUCCUCUCAGAUUCAGCAGUUAUGUCUUCUGUUAAACAGCAAACAGUCUCCAGUGAGAGUUCUAACGUCGUCUCCUUUCAGAAGACCUCAUCUGUCUCGUCUGUUCGACAGCAGACACAUACGACCUCACAGAAAACAGUUUCUGUUUCCUCCUCCCAGUCUGCUCAGUCAGUCGUGGCUGACAAAGUCCAGGCCUCAAUUACUGAUGUCACAAAAACAGAAAACAUGGUGGCUGAUAGAAAGACAGAUUCUAAGAAUAAGAAAACAAAGUCCUCCGACAAAUCUGAAGAGAUAGCCAAAGCCCCUGUUAUAAUAGUUAAAUCUGAACUUGAUUUCACCUCUGAGGAGAAUAUUAAAUCAAGCAAAUCACAAUCUGACAACAAGAAGAUGAAAGAUAACUCAACACCAGAAUUACCCAGUAAUCCUCUCACCCAGUCUUCAGACAAAAAUGUUAAGCAGUCCAAAUCAGCACAGCGUGAUAACAAGAAGAAAGCUGAUCACUCUCCUCCCAAGAACAAAGAGAAAAUUUCAGAGCAACCACCGCAAACAGAAAAGACAGCUGUGAACACCAACGGAAAAAAUGGCAAACUGAGCCAAAAAGGAAAAAAGAACAACAAACAAGAAAAGCAAAUUGAGACACAAACCUCCAAUGAGGCUGAGAAGAAGAGUGUUUCACAAGCAGUCAAAAUGGAAGUGAAGGAAGCCUCUGAGGUGAAAGUGAUCAAGGAAGUUAAGGAAGCAAAGACAGAGGUAAAGCAGGGGAAUACAACAGUUACCUCUUCUCCUGCAGCUGUAAGCAUCACUGACAUCCAAGCAGAAACUCCAACUACAGGAAAGAAGAAAAAGAAGUCAAAGAAGUCCAGACAGCAACAUGUAGAAGUUAUAGAAACCAAGAUGGGAUUAUCCGAAAAAGCCCUCCAAACUCAGGUAACAAUAGCAGCAACCAGUGUAAAAGAAGAGAAAAUACAAGUCAUUACAACAGACAGCAAAGACGAUCAGAACUCCCUGCAACAAAAAGAAGUUCAAAAGAAUGGGAAGGGAUCUCAAAAGAAGAAAGGAAUGACAGCUAUUCAGCAGAACGUGGUAGACUCAGAGGAAAGCAAGGAUGUCCCAAUUACAGUGACAGGCAUGUCAGAGGAAAAUGAACUGGUAAAGUCCACAGUGAAGGGAAAAGAGGAUUCUCAAAGGGGGAACAACCAAAUGAUAAUCUCUCACAUCACAGAGACACACAAAGUUUCAGAAAAGAAGAAUUCUAAAACUGUGAACACUCAGUUUGAAACAGAUUCAAAUUGGCUCUUAAGUCAGAGAGAAGACAGUGAGACAAUGGAGAAGCAUGAAUGUGAGCCAGUUUCUGAGAAGUCCAUUUGUGGUGGUGCAACACCAAGAAUCUCUAAGAUUAGCAUUGGUUCUGCUAAAGUGGAGAACCAAACAAAGAAAAAGACUUCUCAUGAAAGAAGGAAAGAAGAAACAAGUCAGUGCAAGUCUGUUGACCUCCGAGCUCCCUCGCCGUUAUUGAGGAUGCGCUCACCUUCCCCGACGUUUAUCACUAUUGAAUCCACACGCAGGACCGACUCGCCCCAGAGAGUCACUCCUUCACCUACCCUCUUGCACAGGCCGCCAACACCCCCUACACCACCACCACGGAGGUGUGAGACCCCGACAUCGCGUCUCACAAGAAUCACACCUUCUCCUACUUUUGACCGAGCCGAAAAUUUGCCUCGGCUCAAGGACGCUACUGCAAAACUCUCCCGUGGUGUAACCCCACCACCCGCGCUUCCUCAGCACAUCUCUGAGAAGAAGUCAGAGAUUGUGGAAUCACCUGCGUCAUUCCAGCGGCAAAUCAAAAUCGAUCAGCAACGUUUGGAGACUUCAGGGACAUUGAUUACAACAGAGAAAGCCACAAAGAGUUUAUCUGCUGAGGCUCAGGUACUUGAUGUAACUUUUGCACAUAAUGAAAGUAAAUCAGAGGAUUUGAUCGCAAAUGAAAUACAAAGUAAGCCUGAGACCUACAUGCCAUUAUACGACAAUGAACUAGAUUUUGGUGAAGAUUCAGAUGAUUCAGAGCCGUCAACAGCAUCUUUCAAAGACAAGAGACACUUUUUCGAAGAGGCUCAAAAGGCUGAUGUUAAUAAGACCUAUGUGCGGAAGGAGCCCAUUGAUAUCCCUGAACGUCUGGGUCCAGACAUGGAGGAGUGUGAGGAGGAAAGAAAGAACAAAGGAAUGGAUGAGCUUCCCAAGGCAGACUUGCCUAAUCUGGUAAACAAAUUUGAAUUACCUGAAGAGAAAUCAUAUAUCAAAAAAGAGCUUAUCCCACUUUCAGACUGGCUUCACAACAUCGCUGAGAGCACAGAAGAAAAAACAGACAUCCUGGAACAGGAAAUGCCAACUUUUGACAUCCAUGCUAUUAAAAGUGUUUUUGAACUGGAUGAGCAAAGUUCCUCACUCGGAAAGGAGAAAGGGGAUCAGGAUGAGCCUGUGUCAAGCCUGACUGAAACAACAGUAGACACUUCAAAGAGGGAAAGUCCUCAAGAGACAAAGGGAGGCUCACGGCAUAGCACCCCCCUCCCUCAGUCAAAAAAUGAUCUGGAAACAGUGCCAGCAAAACCAGCAGGCUUCUCUGAAACCAAAUCAAUCACAGAACAUUUCUCAAACGUUGAUGAGUUUGGAAACAAGAUCACUGGAACAAGGACGGCUGUCACUGAGCACUCAGAGAGUGUUUCAACCGAACAUGCUCCCUUUUCCUAUGCUGAUGCAGUGAAAAGAAAAGCUGCUGCUGCUGCAGUGAAGGAAGCAGACACCUAUGAUGAAGAAGCCACCGAGAAUCUGCUGAGAAACUUCCACAAAACGUGGACAGAGAGUGAGACCGUUUUCAAGAGUCUUGGCUACACUGUGUCUGAGGAGACAACAUCGCAAGUUGUGUCGCAGAAGACAAAGAUGGUCUCAUCUGGUUCGAGUUCCGAAGUCAGAGCUAUGCACGGUUUGCCGGAGGAGAGCUUAUCCGAUGGAUGCUGUGAUAGUGGACAAAAAAAAAUACCAUAAAUCCUGUUUCUACUGUGAGCACUGCAGAAAUAAAUUAAGCCUAGGAAAUUACGUCUCCCUCCAUGGACAUUUCUACUGUCUACCCCAUUACAAACAACUCCUCAAGUCCCAAGGGAACCACGAUAAUGGACUUGGGCAGAAACCUCCCGCAGGAAGUGUUGGACCUAUCCCCUCAGAUGAGAAACUUGAAUGGAGAUACUCCAUUAGCAGCCUGAAUUCAAUAGACAAAACACACAUAAGUGAAAAUGAAGUUACAAAAACGUGUGAGGAAAGCAAACCACUCUUCAACAGAAUAUCUCUAGUUUGGCCCCCACAGGCUGAUCCUCCAAAGAAAGCUUUUAAAAUAGAGGAAGACAUUCAGCUAACUAAGCCCCAGUGGCCCCCUCCUGACAACUCCCCAACGUCAGCCAGACACCAACACAGAAAGGCUGUUCCCAGAAGUGUCCUUUGAAAUAAAGUCGCCCAACCAGUUUAGUCAAAUAAAUCCAAAGAGGAAGCUCUGAAAAAAGGAUGGUUUAAAAAGAUGUGUAGAAAGAACUGUCCUGGCCGAACUGUUAAAGGAAGUGUUUGAUUAAAGGUCAUAGAGUCAAGUGAGUUAAAAAGGAACGUGUAAAGUAAGGAUAUGAGAGGUAACUGUGUAUAUACAUGUAAAUGGUGUGUAAAGGGUAAUGCAGGUUGUAACUGUGAUAGUAAGUGGAAGAAAGAUAGAUGUGGAGAAGGUUUAGAAAGUGCUUUUAUGUCCAGCAGUCACACCGAUGUGCUCUGGUUAAGAUAACUUGUUAGUUUGGUUAGAAAGAGCAUCAUGAAUCAAUAUCAAAGUUGGUUUUAAUCAACUAUUUUUUGAGUUUAGUCUGAGGUGUAGUGACUUAAAUUAGCUGAAUAUCCUUCCCUCAAAACUCACACUGCUUUUGAAAAUAGCAUAGUAAAAUGAAUCAGUGAUACUUUCAUAUACAAUUCUGCCCAGUGUCUCUUUAGUCCCCUUUGUUUCAUUCACAAAUGAUUGAGCUCAUUCUACACUUUACUCCAUUUUUAUGCUGGUCCAUGGAAUAUAUGAAUAUUUCCAGUCUGUAGACUUCUCUGUUGUAUUAUUUUCAGGGCUUUUAACAUUCAACAUUACAUUUUUGCAUUUGCCUUUUUUAGCACCUGCUGUGCAGACAACUAAAAGCAUCUGAAAUUAUUUUAUUUAUAAUAUUGAAAGUAUAUAAUAUAAACAAGUGAAUCGGUUAUAAUCAUGUUUGUUUUGGACAUUUGUAUCCUAUUUUGAUCGACAAAUAUUUUUGAAUGAAGAAUUUUAUUUUAUAGAUUAGACAGGUAUAUCUUGCUUUGUACAAGAAAAUUCCUGAUUAUGUCACACUGUCAGGCUGGUUCACUUACUUUAUUGCUUAUC